AGCGGCGAGAGGAAGACGGCUGGGGAGUCGCAGCCCGGGACUGUAAAUAAGACCGUGAAAACUGUGUUUUAUUUACAAAAGUGAUGCCGGCUGUUCUAAACGAUCUUUCCCAGUUGUUUUAAGUCUUUUUUUGGUCAUUUUUGGCUCUGUCUCUCGCCUAUUUCCGUGUGGUUUUUACACUACGCGUAUAAUGGCGAGCUCGGCUAACUCGAACCCAGUGCCUAAAUUGUACCGGUCUGUGAUUGAAGAUGUCAUGAGCGAGGUACGGGAGCUGUUCCUGGAUGAAGGAGUGGACGAGCAGGUUCUCCACGAGCUGAAAACGCUAUGGGAGAAUAAACUGCUCCAGUCCAAGGCAGUGGAGGGCUUCCACUCUGAUGAGCAGGCAGCCCUGCAGGCCUCCCAGCAGCAGCAGCAGCAGCACAUCCAGCAUGUUCAGCAGGUGACUCAGCCAGCACAAACCCAACAAGUCAUCCUGCCCCCCCAGCAGCAGCAGCAAGCGCCGCAGCAGCAAGUCAUUGUUCGGGAUCCUAAGCUUCUUCAGCACAUGAGUGCAACAGGGAUGAGCGCAGCAGCCACUGCAGCAACUCUGGCUUUACCUACAGGUGUCACUCCAUACCAGCAGAUCAUCACUCAGCAGGGUCAGAUCCUGCAGGUGGUGCGCGCUCCCAAUGGGGCUCAGUACAUCAUUCAGCAGUCCCAACAGCCCAUCGUGCUGCAGCAGCCUAUGCAGUCUGGUGGUGUGCAGGCACCGGUCAUACAGCAGGUUCUGGCUCCUCUUCAGGGAGGUCUGCCUCAGCAAACGGGAGUCAUCAUCCAGCCACAGCAGAUCGUCUUGGCUCAAGGAAACAAGGUCCAAGACAAUGCACAGGUGAUGCAGGCGGCAGCCAUGGUGCCUCAGCCCGGUCAGGCAGCAGGAGCAGCACCAGGAGGAGCAGCAGGAGGAGCAGCGACUCAGGUCCAGCAGGCCCAUGCUGCAGCUGCACCACAGGCCCCACUGCAGCCUCAGGCCCAGCAGCAGGCUCAGCUGCAGGCACAGCAGCCUCCCAUGAUGCUCCAGGUGGACGGGGCCGGGGACACGUCCUCGGAGGAGGACGAAGACGAGGAGGAGGAGUACGAUGACGAUGAUGACGAGGAGAAGGAUAAGGAUGGUGGAGAAGACGGGCAGGUGGAGGAGGAGCCUCUCAACAGCGGGGAUGAUGUCAGCGAUGAUGACGGGGGCGAGCUGUUUGAUACAGAGAACGUGGUGGUGUGCCAGUAUGACAAGAUCCACAGAAGUAAAAACAAAUGGAAGUUCCACCUGAAGGACGGGAUUAUGAAUCUUAAUGGGAGAGAUUACGUGUUUUCCAAAGCCAUCGGAGAUGCGGAGUGGUGAGGUGGAACACCCGGAACAGGAACUCUGUAAUUCCUUCUGUCCAGUUAAACCAGACACGGCAGCAUCCUUCCAAUCUCUGACAGGGUCUCUUCCAAGAAGCUGGUUUGGAGUCUCUGAGAACUCUAAAGAACCACCAGAGGUACCGUUUCAUAAACAAAAACAAGGAAUACUGGGGGGUGAUCCAUGGAAAACACUCAACUGGCCCCGAAGGAUAAGGAACUCCUCAGAGGACGGGAGAGGCUGAGUGUCUCAUUGUAUCUUCUCCAUCUUUUCUUCUUCCUCUGAGGGAAUUCGCUAAAAUAAGCAUUUGACAUCAGACAGGUGUAGUGGACCAGGGUGAUGUGGCCUGUUCUGUAGAGGUCAAUUCUGCUAACCCUCUAGAGGAGUACCACCGUUGUAUAAUGCACUGUAGUCGGGUGACUGGAUUGACUCGCGUCUACUUUUCUGUCCAGAUUUAGUGCCACCAGUCAAACUGCUGCCUUGUAGAACGACAACCAGAGUCAUGGUUUGUUUGUUUUUGCUUCUGUUUUCAAGCUCUGUCUUUGUUUUUAUGAAAAUGGUGCUCCAGAGUGUUUUAUCUAGUUAAUCUAUUUUAAUUUUAGCCUUUUUUAUGUGGUUGAUGAAGGGUACAAAGAAGGUAAAAACUUACAAUAAAAGCAUUUUAACAAUCUUUAAUCAUAAUUUCCCCUCUUUUACUUCUCUGGAGUCUAAUUGCACCCCCACCCCCCAAAUAAAAACUAUUAAAUAAGCAGACUAAUCGUUUUAAAGUUAGCUGUGAUGCAGGAUUGUCUUUGCUUUUAUGUUUCUGCAGCCAUCUGAAGAUUUGCACUGUCAGUUUAUCAAUGUGUUGUGAGGUCAGUCCUGGUAAUCCAUAGUCAUGUUCUCUCUCUGUCUCUCUCUCUCUGUCCUUUUUCAUGUUUUUGUUUGAAAGGUUGCAGCACCAAACUGUGCUCUUAUCUAAUAAGUGUUCCUUUUUUCUGGCUGGGCAAACUCUUGUUAACGCCGUUCCAAAUCAUUUCUUCCACUGUAUGUACUCCUGUGCUUUCAGUGUAGUCAUAACUUUUAGAGAGACUUUUAUAUGGAAGUGAGGUGAACUUGGUGGGGGCUGUGUGGAUUUCUGCUGUUUGUUUUUAGUGCCCCUGUUUCAGCAGUUUGAAAUAAAAGCAUAUGUGUUUGUUUUUUCA